AAAAAUACGCAGCGAAGAAGAAGGUUUAGAGAGAGAGAGGGAAAGGGUUAAGUGAUGGAGCAAAGUAGCGGGAGAGUCAAUCGGAAAGGACCCAACGUCUUGGCGACGGCUUCGAGCCUUGUUGGGAGCAUCGUGGAGAAAGGUAUAUCGGAGAAUAAGCCUCCAAACAAGCCGCUUCCCCCAAGCCCCACUCUUCUUUCCUUCCCCGUCGCUCGUCAUCGUUCUCACGGACUCCAUUGGGCUCCUGCGGGGACCUUAGCACAAUCUAAUGACCAUGAGGAAGAAGAAGAAGAAGAAGAAGAGCGUUUCAUGAAUGCAGCUGCUUUUGCUAAACCGCUUCAACGAAAGGAGAAGAAACACAUGGACCUCAGGACGUGGAAAGAUAUGGUCUCUGCAUCCACAUCUGGCCCUAAGGAUUCAAGGAAAGUUAAGAUCAUUACAACAACUUCGCUCUCUGUUGCCUCCCCCGACGUUCCCACUACUUCCCCCAACACUUUACUCGUUAAACCUGCCAGGGCAUCUGACCAGAGAGAGUUUCUUUCUCAGAAAUCACCCUUUAGUAAUGAUCUGGGAACCGAGGAAAAUAUUUCGUCUAAGGCUUCUACUCCCCUAGCUGUUUCUUCCUCCAUAUCGAAUGGACUUGGGACUAGACAAGCCUCUUCGUGUCUUGAGAGUGAUAUUGAUGUAGAGAACCAUGCAAGGUUGCAGACAAUGUCACCCGAAGAGAUUGCAGAAGCACAGGCUGACUUAUUGGACAAAAUGGAUCCUGCAUUACUAAACAUUUUGAAGAAACGAGGUCAGGAAAAAAUGAAGAAGCGAAAGCAUUCAGUGCCUGGGGUUUCCAUUGCCGAAGAGGCAGCAAAGAAUUCUAGAACUGAGGCUCAUUUUGUCACUCCUGAAAUUCUCUCACGACAAGGCCAGGCGGUUACUCCAUCUACUUCUCUAGUGAUGCCGAUACUAAAAGAAAAAUGUGUGGUGCAGAAGUCAGCGUUAGCCCAAGGAUUCUUGUGGGAUGCAUGGACUGAGAGGGUUGAGGCAGCCAGGGACUUGAGAUUUUCUUUUGACGGGAAUGUUGUUGAGGAUGAUGUUGUCUCAGCAGCUGAAACUGGUGAAAAGUGGUCUAGCGUUGGAUCUGCUGCUGAACGUGACUUCUUGAGAACUGAGGGAGACCCUGGGGCAGCAGGGUACACCAUCAAAGAAGCUAUUGCUCUCGCACGGAGUGUGAUUCCUGGGCAAAGAUGCCUUGCUUUGCAUCUGCUUGCAUCUGUACUCGACAAAGCUUUGAACAAACUUUGUGGGAGCAGAAUUGGCUACACAAGGGAAGAAAAAGAUAAAUCCACUGAUUGGGAAGCCAUCUGGGCUUAUGCCCUUGGACCGGAACCUGAGCUUGUCUUAGCAUUGAGGAUGGCUCUUGAUGACAACCAUACCUCUGUUGUUCUAGCAAGUGUAAAAGUGAUUCAGUGUCUACUGAGCUGUUCUCUUAACGAGAACUUCUUUGAUAUCUUGGAGAACAUGGAACACGGGAGGGACAUCUUCACGGCCCCGGUGUUUAGGAGUAAGCCGGAUAUUGAUCUUGGCUUCCUCCGUGGUUGCUACUGGAAGUAUAGCGCUAAACCUUCGAAUAUUGUUCCUUUCCGUGAAGAAAUCAUGGAGGACGGGACAGAGGAUACGGAAACUAUUCAGAAAGAUGUUUUUGUAGCCGGACAAGAUGUUGCUGCUGGUCUUGUCAGAAUGGAUAUCCUUCCACGAAUUUAUCACCUUCUGGAGACAGAACCAACAGCAGCGCUAGAGGACAGCAUAAUAUCUGUUACUAUUGCGAUAGCAAGGCAUUCUCCAAAAUGUGCAACUGCAAUCUUGAAGUAUCCCAAAUUUGUUCAAACAAUUGUAAAAAUAUUCAAAUUGAACAAAAGAAUGGACGUUCUUCCUUCUCAGAUCAAUUCUGUCCGUCUCUUAAAGGUGUUGGCCCGGUAUGAUCAAAGUACUUGCAUUGAAUUUGUGAAGAACGGGAUUUUCAACGCCGUUACGUGGCAUUUGUUUCAGUUCACCUCCUCUCUUGACUCAUGGGUAAAGUUAGGGACGCAGAACUGCAAGCUUUCAUCCACUUUGAUGGUUGAACAGCUCCGGUUUUGGAAGGUCUGUAUCCAUAAUGGCUGUUGUGUAUCUCGCUUCCCAGAGCUAUUCCCAGCUCUGUGUCUGUGGUUGAAUUGUCCAUCAUUCGAAAAGCUCAGGGAGACAAAUCUCAUCAGCGAGUUUACUUCCAUGUCUAAGGAGGCCUAUCUUGUCCUUGAGGCUUUUGCCGAGACACUUCCUAAUAUGUACUCACAAAACCUUCCACGGAAAGAAUCGGGGACUUGGGACUGGAGUUAUGUUAGCCCUAUGAUUGAUUCAGCACUGAGCUGGAUAUCAUUGGCCCCUCAAUUACUCGAGUGGGAGAGAGGAAUUGAAAGUGUCUCUGUGUCCACUACUUCUUUGUUGUGGUUGUAUUCGGGUAUCAUGCGUACAAUUUCCGUAGUCCUUGAAAAAAUCUCUCCCCAUGGAGAGGAAGAACCUCUACCAUGGCUGCCGGAGUUUGUUCCAAAGAUUGGCCUUGCCAUCAUCAAGCAUAAGCUUCUUAGUUUUUCCGUUGCAGAAGUAAGUAGGUGUAGAAAAGACUCUUCCAGGUGUGCCUCUUUUAUGGAAUUUUUGUGUUUUCUAAGAGAACGAUCUCAAUAUGAUGAACUAGCAUUGGCUUCUGUGAGAUGCCUUCAUGGGUUAAUGCGGACUAUCGUGUCCAUCCAAACUCUGAUAGAAUCUGCUAGAUCUAAGAUGAAAACUCCUCAUCAGGGAAGUAUUUGCACUAGAGACGAAUCUGUGCUUGCAAAAGGAAUUCUGGCAGAGUCUCUGGCUGACCUAACAUCCGUGUCGAGCUCUUUUAGAGAUUCUGUUUCAUCGGAAUGGUCCAUUGUACAAUCCAUUGAGCUGCACAAACGAGGCGGACUGGCCCCUGGGGUGGGACUUGGUUGGGGAGCUAGUGGUGGAGGGUUUUGGUCAACCAGAAUUCUGUUGGCACAGGCUGAUGCCGGUCUUCUGAGUCUCUUUCUUAACAUCUCGCAGAUGGACGCGCAUAAUGAUCAGGGAUCUGUUUGCUUGAUGGAUAAAAUGAACUCCGCUUUAGCUAUGUGCUUGAUUGCAGGUCCAAGGGAUCAUUUACUUGUGGAAAGAGCCUUCGACUAUGUCCUCAGACCACAUGCUUUAGAACACCUGGCCUGCUGUAUCAAGUCAGAUGAGAAAACCAUAUCAUUUGAAUGGGAUUGCAGCGAGGAGGAUUAUCGUCGUAUGAGCAGUAUGCUUGCUUCUCACUUCAGACAUAGAUGGUUACAGCCAAAGGGAAAAUCUAAAGCUGAGAAAGGAGUCGAUGGGGUAAAGAAGGGCACAGUUGGUUUGGAGACUAUUGAUGAGGACGGUGAAAUGCCAACUUAUUCAACUCCGGAUCAAAAAGUAGACUCUUCGAGCAUAGAGUGGGCUCACCAGAGAAUGCCCCUACCUCCACACUGGUUUCUCAGCGCCAUUUCAGCAGUCCACAGUGGUAAAACCUCAGCAGGACCACCAGAAUCCACAGAGUUGCUUGAAGUCGCGAAAGCUGGAGUUUUCUUUCUUGCAGGACUUGAGUCCUCGUCUGGGUUUGGAUCGCUUCCGUCUCCUGUUUUGAGUGUGCCGUUGGUUUGGAAGUUUCACGCUUUGUCUACCGUGUUGCUUGUUGGAAUGGACAUCAUCGAAGACAAGAACACUAGGAAUUUGUACAGUUUUCUGCAGGAGCUCUAUGGGCAGGUUCUUGAUGAAGCGAGGCUAAACCACCAUGACAUAGAGAUCCUGAGGUUCAAGUCAGACAUUCACGAGAACUACUCUACUUUUCUGGAGAUGGUUGUGGAGCAGUAUGCUGCAGUGUCAUAUGGUGAUGUACUGUAUGGCCGACAGGUAUCGAUUUACUUGCAUCAACGUGUGGAAUCCUCAGUACGGCUUUCAGCAUGGACUGCGCUCUCCAAUGCCCGUGUUCUUGAGCUUCUUCCGGGACUAGACAAGUGCUUGGGAAAAGCAGAUGGUUAUCUUGAACCGGUUGAGGAAAACGAGGCAGUCCUAGAGGCGUACCUGAAGUCAUGGACUUGUGGAGCCCUGGACAGAGCUGCGGCGCGAGGAUCAGUAGCCUUUGCAGUUGUUGUGCAUCAUUUAUCAUCUGUAGUAUUCUGCAAAGAAGCCAAGGAAAAAAUAUCCCUGCAGAAUAAGAUAGUGAAGUCUCUGAUGAGAGAUUUGUCGAGAAAGAGGCAUCGUGAGGGGAUGAUGCUGGAACUGGUGGGGUAUAGGGUUGGAGACGCCAUGGAAGAAAGGAAGGAGAAAGAGAGAAGAUUGGAGGUGUUGAAAGAGGCGUGUGAAGGGAACUCGUCCCUGCUAUCGGAAAUGGAGAAGCUCAAGUCCGUCGCAUUAUGUGGAAGAAGGUGAAACCCGAGUGCCAGUGGGUGUCAUCAUAGAUAGUAGCUAUGAGCGGAUUGAAAGAGAAUGUGUUGUGUCCAUUUCUUUUCUCUUAAAAUAAAUUAAUUUUGAGCUGUGUAAUUAAAUCCAAUCCAAUCCAAUCCAAUCCAAUCAGUCCCCUCUGUGGGUUCUCCGGA